UUUGCGGUAUCGUGAAGUGAUCAAUUUUUUGAACUCAAGAUGCGCUGCAGCUUACACUUUCGGGAAAUCCGGUACAAGUUUUUCUUGAUGACGAAUGUUCUUUGAUACUUGAUGACGAAGUAAUCUACUGUAUAGAUUUAGGCAUCGUAGUAGUUUCUGAUAAAUCACGACCGUGGAAACGAAGCUUCAUGCUUUCUUGUGUCCGUUUGAUCUCAAUCAUCUAGUCUAUCACGAUUAAUCAAUCUUUUCUGAGGAACUCGACGAUCGAUUUCUGGCGAGCGCUGUCGAAGCGAGGCAUCUUGGCACCGGUGAAAGAAGUAUCGGUGUACCCUUGAAAAUACAGCGCGAUCCAACGAUGCUAAAACCAACGGACUAGACAGCCGCAAAUCUGACUCGAGAAAGACUCGCGCGUCCAAAUUGAAAAUGUUCAGAAAUGGCUCAAAUGGAGCAGAGGCGCAAUAUGCCUGGCUGUUGUAACCCUUAUGCUUGAUCAUAUAGGUAAGAACAUUUGUUUGAAGGUUGGUUCUCGUUUUUCAUAGUGUGAAAAUGAAAACGAACAUGAUGGACUCCGCCCGUCGAAUGCGAUUACUAGAUCCUUCAGAGGCUCGCCUGAUGGCAGAGUUUGAGUUCGACGAUACUCAUGAAACCUCUCGGAAGCAGCUAUAUGGACAUGGAGAAGGUCCUCGAACGUCUAUGAUUCUGGAUCGCGAGAAGAAAAAGAAUUUCGCACAUUCGAUCAUUGACACGAGCUUGAGCGAUACACUCGAAACCCUAAAAGAGGUCUGCCCUAUAGAUAUACUUACUUUUCUUUGAUUGCUUUCUUUCUGAUGAAUGUUUCUAGUGCCAAUUUCUCACUUUUCUAAACGCCUCAAGCUCAGACUGCUUCCUCAAAGUAUUCAUGAUCGUGGUCUCCCUAUUGAUUCGUUUCUUAUCACCUUAAAAACACAUAGGCAAUCGAAGGGCCGAAGUUUUUGCCACCUUAUACGGUUGGAGAUUUGGAGGACUUGUUACAACAACAGCAAAGUGAACAGCGCCUGGCGGAGCAACAUCACUCAGAACGGCAGGAGCCUUUCUCUUGUAUUCUUCUUUUAAGUCGUGGCACCUUCGGUUUUCCUUGGUUUCUAAUGAGAGUGCAGAAGAGAAAAAGCUGCUAUUCGUUGUAGUUCAAGCAAUUCUUCAUGCGAUGAGUAAAGUAAGAACUUCUAUUGGCUAAUGGGCUUUGCGUGUCUGCGUAUAUAGAUCCAAUCAAUCUAAACCAAUCCUUCAGUUUCGCAUCGGUUCCGAUCUCCUGACGAAGUUGAAGAAAUGAAGCGUGUAAUCGCAAAGCCACCUGCUGCGGAUGCUCGAUACUUGACGUGGGAUAAGCGUCAAGACUGGAAGGAUGCACAGGCAGGACGCAGGAUAGUCCCUCUCUCUCGCGCACCCAACAGUAGUGGGCAGGGCAGCGCCAUUUCCUCGGCAGCAACGAACGUCAAUUAUGCAAUUGAAGAUGCUGCUGAUGCUGGAGGUGGUGGAGCAGGAGGCUGCAAUACUUUCAAGAUCAAGAACGUGAGUCCUUUCCUUCUUCAAGACGGCCGUGGUUUGCAAGACUUCUCUUCGUCUUCCUCUUCGAAGAACGUGCUGUCACAUCCGGCGCAGGGAAUAAAUGCGACAAAGUGCGAUAGUAAGGCUACCACUAGCAGUCAAGCAGCAGCAAGCUCUUCCUCUUCGUUUUCUUCUUCUUCAUCUUCUACUAACAACAAACCAGCCAAGAAAAGUUAUCCGAAAGCAAAAUCGAAAGCAAAGUUUCAGAAAGUGCCGGGGCAAGGGAUGAAGCUUCAUCCUAACGUAGAGCCCCCUGCCCAUACUCCUGCCGGAUCAAGUAGUACAAAGAGGACGCCGACAAAAUCAACAGAAGUGUACUAUGAGAUUCCUCUGACACAGAUGCAGCGCGAGGUGGGUAGCAUUCUGGACCGUUUGAAUGCUAGAGAAGGGACAUCUGUAUCAUGGCCGAACCCUCCUAUGAUUUGCUUGCGGCAAGAAUUCGAAGCUUAUGCUGCGCAAGCAUUUUACAUGAACUACCUUCUACGAUGUCACGCAAGAGCAGCUGAGGACGUCACUGAAAAAAAGCACUAUCUCCUUGACGUAGUAGAGCCAUUUUUCAGGACAUGUGGACAGCACGCAAUGCCAGACUAUGCAAGUCGCGGAUGGUUGUUGUACCAAAGUGAGAUCCUGCAAGCGUUGUUUCCACCAGAAAAUGAACAGAAGCCAUCAUCUGCAAAGCCGAAAAUGAAGAAGCGUAGAGGCAAAAAAUCACAAGCAGAUGCGGACAGUGGUAGCAGUGAAAGCGACGACGCGCUACAAGAAGACGAGCUACUUCGCAAGAUUCUUCGUCUCGAAGAUGAAGAUAGUGACUACGAGCCCAGCUCUGUAGAUGAAGAUGAUAUCUGGCCGUUUCAGAAGCUGCCCUUCCCAGACUCGACGGGCGACGACGAUAGUGAAGGUUUAGACGCAGACGUCGCCGUGGGUGAAGACAUCGACACAAGCAAGCACUUCACUGACAGCGUUUUUGAAGAGGUGCGUCGGAUCAUAGGAGAGGACACAGCACGCAACAUGGAAGACAAAUGAUUUCAAUAUCUGAUACUAUCUAUCUACAAAUGAGCAAACUCUUCAUCGCUUCGCUGUAUAAAAUGUUUUUUUUAUAAUCUGCUGACAAAGACAAUUAUUUUGAACGUCGCUCGGGGUACUAGUUUGUUAGGUUGUCCUAAAUGUAUAGAAUACAAUAUUCCAUGGAUGUAGAUGUGCUUACCGUGAAAGUGGUUGAUGUUGAUUCAGAGCAAAAUCAGUUACAGGCCGCCCUUCUUGUGAACAAAGGAAAAUGCUACUGAAGCGAAAAAAGACUAAGCCUUCUUCUUCUGGCCAUCGAGAACGGACUCAUUGAGG